AUGCCAUCUUAUGCCAAGUACAUUAAGGAAAUAGUGUCUAAUAAAAAGAAACUAGAAGAGUUUGCUACUGUGCAUUUAAAUGAGGAGUGUAGUGCUAUUCUGCAAAGCAAAUUACCUCCUAAGCUAAUGGAUCCAGGAAGUUUUUCUAUUCCUUGCACUAUUGGUAAUACUGUCAUUGAUAAAUGCUUAUGUGAUCUAGGUGCCAAUAUUAACCUUAUCCCUUUAACGCUUUUCAAUAAGUUGGAAAUAGCUGAAAUGAAGCCAUCAACAAUCUCUCUUCAACUUGCUGAUAGAUCAGUCAAGUACCCGCUUGGAGUAGUGGAGGAUAUAUUGGUAAAAGUUGGUAAAUUUUAUUUUCCAGCUGAUUUUCUGAUUCUUGAUAUGGGUAGUGAUACAGAUACAUCUCUUAUACUUGGUAGACCAUUUUUGUUAACAGGGGGAGUAAUAAUAGAUAUGCCUUUAGGAAAAUUGAUUUUUAGAGUAGGUACAGAAAAAGAAGAAUUCUUUAUCUCUAAAGCUGUAAAAUUACCAAUUUUUGAUGAAUCCUGUCUUUUUGUUGAUGUUAUUGAGAAACCUUCAGAAGAGGUAUUUGUUAAGCAUGCACCUAUUGAUCCAUUGGAAGCAUGUUCAAUAGAAAAGGAAGUACCAGAAUUUGUUGAGUCUAUGAUAAGAUUAGAGGGUCAAGGUCAUUUUCCUACACACCUCAAUAGGAAGUAUGAAGAUUUAGGUAGGGGAAACUCUUUUCCACUCCCUUUUAAUGAAACACCUCCUCAACUUGAACUUAAACCACUUCCAUUGCAGUUCAAAUACAAUUUUUUGAGUGACAAUGAUCCUUUUCUUAUGCUUUCUUAUGCUCAUUUACUUAAUGCAAAAGAAGAGGGACUAUGGAGAACAUUGACUAAAGCUUGGCAUGACAAAAAUAAUUUUUUGAGAGAAUUCAAAGUAGGGCAAGAAGUUUUGUUGUUUAAUUCUUGUCUUAAGCUUUUUAUAGGGAAAUUGAAGUCUAGAUGGUUUGGUCAUUUCAUGGUCACUAAAGUUCGUUCCUAUGAGGCCAUAGAGAUUACAAGAAAGAGACCAUUCAUGGUUGCUUCACCAAAAGGCAGUCCCGGAAGAAACUGGCAACUAACAGGGAAGUUUCCUGUUUAUUUCAUUUUCUCAUACCUGCUUUCUUAUAUAACAUUGAGGACAAUGUUGAGUUUGAGUGUGGGGAAGGGAGAGAAAGUUUAA